AUGUCUUUAAGACGCUCCGCACGACUGCGCGUCCUCCCAACCGUGAAACCCCUCCUGCCAACCCCAGUCCCGAGUGUACCCCGAGUCCAACAUAGCGGAGUCGCCAAACCUCGCAAGAUUUCCAAGACCAAGAAGACAGGCCCAGCAAAGAGCACAACCACCUCUACAUCCACAUCUUCAUACUGGUCUCCAGAACCCGGACCAGCACAACCACCAAUACAAAAUGCAGACGAAAGCCACACCACCACAGUCAACAGACCCCUCACACCUCCCCCCCUCAACCGCCCCGUCGAUCCUCAUCGCACAAACGCAAUCCUCCUCACCCCCCACGGCUCCUCAGUAAACGCCUACCCAGUGAACCUGGAAGAUGCCUCGCCCUCAAAGACAGGUCUGCCCCGACCAACCGCUACAACGGGGACACUCCUCGAAAAAGCAAUCGCCCACCUCAUCGCAAUGGAUCCCCGUCUCGCACCUGUCAUCGAGCAACAUCCCUGCCCGUUAUUCUCGCCCACUGGACUGGCAGAACAAAUCGAUCCCUUCAAUAGUCUUGUCAGCAGUAUUAUCGGACAACAAGUUUCCGGCGCAGCGGCAAAGUCUAUCCGGAAUAAGUUUCUGGGUCUGUUCGACUUGCCAGCUGCUGCCGCUGAGGGAUCGCAUUUGCGGUUCCCAACUCCGCAGGAGGUUGCGAGGUGUGAUUUACCGACGUUGCGGACGGCGGGUCUUUCGCAAAGAAAGGCCGAGUAUAUCCAGGGGUUGGCGGAGAAGUUUGCCAGUGGGGAGUUGAGUGCGCAGAUGUUGGCGAGGGCUAGUGAUGAGGAACUCGUGGAGAAACUUACGGCGGUGAGGGGGUUGGGGAAGUGGUCUGUUGAAAUGUUCGCCUGUUUUGCGCUGAAGCGGACUGAUGUUUUUUCUACGGGGGAUUUGGGUGUGCAGCGAGGCUGUGCGGCGUUUGUUGGUCGUGAUGUAAGUAAAUUAAAGGGGAAAGGGGGUGGUAAGUUCAAAUAUAUGUCGGAGAAGGACAUGCUAGAGUUGGCUGCCAAGUUCGCGCCGUAUAGGAGUCUUUUUAUGUGGUAUAUGUGGCGGGUUGAGAAUGUUGAUAUAGCCGUUCUCACUGGAUGA